AUGCACUCGAGGAAAUUGGAGACAAGUGAAAUAGUAAAAAGACUUUUGAAAAAUAAAGACCCGAGCUACAGCCAUUUGCUGCUCUCGUCUGUCAACGCGGUUGUGUUCAAGUACGAGGGAGAGUGGGUGAGCAUGGACAUAGAGGGAGUCAUCCAUCUGUACAAAAGAGACAAGAUACCCUCUACAGCCAUCCACAUUUUAAAUCGAAAAAACCCGUCUGACUUUCAUCUGCUCAUAGACAAGAGCACAUACGACAUAGAAAAUUAUGAUAAAUUUAUUAUUAUAAAGAAAGCCGUAGGCAACGAAAUGGAAGUGUACGGGCUGUGGUUCUACGACGCACAUGCGUGCAUAGAAAGCGGGUUCAUUCUUUCAGACCAGAUGGAGCUGCUGAAGAAAUCAAAAGAGUUAAUGGCGAAAUGUAAAGCACAAAAGAAAUAA